UGGUAACUAGCUCGGAUGUUAGAAAUUCAAAUAUUUCUACGAUACGAUAUCAAAUCGGCAUAAGUUGUAAUUUUUUGGAUUGUUAAGUGAUUAGCGAAAUUAAAUUGACGAAUGUUAUUUUGGGUUCGAGACUAGAGUGAUGAUCUAUUGGAGCGCCAUCUACAAAAAACAAAAAUGGUGGUCAACAAUAUGCCCUAUCCCUGCCCUCGUUUUAUGGCACGCCAAAUGCUGCCGUUGCCUAGGUUCCUUUCUAUUAUGUAUUUCCUGCGGGCUGAUAUAUCUUAUUUCCAUGUGAAGAUCGUUUUGCAGCGGCCGCGCCCACAUUUCGUGUGAAAUAAGUGUGGCUGUUUCUAACCAAACAGUACGUGAAUCAAAACUAUCGAAUAUUUCGCAUAAUAUAACCACACUGGUGUGAUUUGUCAUGUAAUUUGCCUUAUGUAAUGUAAAUAUUGUGGAUAAAUGUUUACGCAAUGCAAAUGCGCUAAUGUCGUAUUACCAUUAAUUGGUAUGCCAUAAUCAACGACAUUGUUGCAACAAUGAUAAAGGAUAAUCAAUCUUUGCAAGUACCGGUAAUGAGUGAAGAGGCCCAUACGAUGGGGUUGGAAGCUGAAAUCGCCCCACCGUUACAUCUACAGCGAUUAGAGCGCAGUUUGAAUGUUCAACCUUUUUUAAAUCAAAUCAAUGAACUGUUUCAUGAACGUGUUAGCGAUGAUGAUAAGACAGAUGAUUCAGAUACAUCAAAUGAAUCUGAAGAUUACCUGAACGAUGUUGUAACACGUAAAGAAGAUGAAAGAAUUGAUAAACUCCGCUUGUACAACAUGAGUAGUGUAGGCGAGGAGCGCAGGUGGUUGCAAGAUAUUCUACUCAGUGAUUCGUCUGAUAGUUCUGUAUCUGAAUCCGAAACAGAUGGCCCCAUAACAGAAGAUGAUUUCCAAGAUAUGCUUAAGUUUCACAUAUUGCGAAAGAAGUAUCAGGGUCGGUUUUAUCAAAAACCUGAGAAUAUUCAAUAUCAGUAUUACGGUGCUGGUUUGUUAUCGAGUUACGAUAAGUUCCCAGAACACCAAAAACUAAUUAUUGGCAACAAAAAAAAGAAAGAAAAGAAGCCAGACAAAAGAAUAAUGAAGUAUAAGAAAGAAAAAAUGGUCCGUCAUAAGGUGCCAAAUCAAUAUCAGGAACACGAUUAUCCUGAAGAUGAGUGGGAGCGUGUCGUACCUAAGGAGGAUGAGCUGGAUGAAGCUGAGAUAGAUGCACUGAUUCAACAUCAGCCAAGACAAAGAGGUAGAAAAAAGCACAACAACAAAAGCCCUGAAGUAAUGGCGAUAAGACGGAGAAAAAUUUGGAUUAUGAUGUCGAAAAAAGAAUUGGGCAAGGUGCAAAGAGCAAAAACUAAUAAUCAUAAAGAAGUUUUAAUUAGUUGUAAGAAAGUCGCUCAGCACUGUAUGAAAUAUUGGAGACAGAAAGCUAUGCAAAGUCAAAAAAAUAUGAAGGAAACGAUAUGGCGUGCUAAAAGAUUGACAAGAGAAAUGCAAUCUUAUUGGAAACGUUAUGACAGAGUUGAAAGGGAAACGAGAAGGAGGCUAGAGAAGGAAGCAGAAGAACAACGUAAAAUGGAUGUAGAAUUAAUUGAGGCUAAGCGGCAACAGAGAAAACUCAAUUUUUUGAUCACACAAACAGAGCUCUAUGCUCACUUCAUGUCACGAAAAUUAGGCAAGGCUUCACCCGAAGAACAACUGCGAAUUCUGAAUCAGUUGGACGAGGAAAAAAAUCCAAGGCUCAUUGGUAUUGAUGAUUAUGAUGGUGAACUGAUGAAGCACAAGGCAAAGAAGAAUGUUAUGGAUGCUUUUGACAGCGAGAGAGCACGUACCCGACAAUUUGACACAGCUGCAGCUGCACAAGAACUUCGGUUAAGCGACACUCCUGAAACUCUUGAACAUCCACAGCCCACCAUUUUUAAAGGUAACCUGAAGGGGUACCAAAUGAAGGGAAUGAAUUGGCUUGCUAAUUUAUAUGAUCAGGGAAUUAGUGGCAUUUUGGCAGACGAAAUGGGUCUUGGAAAAACCGUACAAUCAAUAGCUUUCUUGUGUCACGUAGCCGAAAAGUACUCUGUUUGGGGUCCUUUUCUUAUCAUAUCUCCUGCCUCAACAUUGCAUAAUUGGCAGCAAGAAAUGGCGAGGUUUGUUCCUGACUUCAAAGUGGUACCUUACUGGGGCAAUCCACAGGAACGGAAAAUUCUAAGACAGUUUUGGGAAACUAAGGAUUUGCAUACUAAAGAGGCGUCUUUCCAUGUCGUAAUCACCAGUUAUCAAUUAGUUAUCACGGAUUAUAAAUAUUUCAACAGAAUAAAAUGGCAAUACAUGAUUCUGGAUGAAGCCCAGGCUAUCAAAAGUACAAGCAGUAUGAGGUGGAAAUUGUUGCUCGGAUUUAGUUGUCGGAAUAGAUUGUUGCUCAGUGGCACACCAAUCCAAAAUAGUAUGGCUGAGUUGUGGGCCCUACUGCAUUUUAUCAUGCCAACGUUAUUUGACUCCCAUGAUGAGUUCAAUGAAUGGUUUUCCAAGGAUAUCGAAAGUCAUGCUGAAAAUAAAACUGGCAUCGAUGAAAAGCAUUUAUCGAGAUUGCAUAUGAUCUUGAAACCAUUCAUGUUGAGAAGGAUAAAAAAGGACGUUGAAAAUGAGCUGUCUGAUAAAAUUGAAAUUAUGGUCUAUUGCCCUCUUACCACUCGACAAAAAUUACUUUACAUGGCGCUGAAAAAGAAAAUUAGGAUAGAAGAUCUGUUACAUUAUACAGUUGGUGGAGCUGAUGCAGUUCCAGCUGACAAAAAUUUCACAUCUAAUUUGAUGAACUUAGUUAUGCAAUUCCGCAAGGUAUGCAAUCAUCCCGAAUUAUUCGAGCGAAGAGACGCUAAGUCUCCAUUAUUCCUAAAAGUGGAAAGCUAUGAAAUGCCAGCUCUUUUAUUCGAAGAUGGAUUGUUACACUCAGCUUUGCCCUCAAAAGAUCAUCUGCUCUAUAACAAACUGAGUAUAUUUGCGACAGAGUAUAUUCACCGGUCUUUACAUCAUGGGUCAGAUAAUCCAUUAGUACCUUGCUUUUCGUUCAUGAGAUUAAUCGAUUUGUCGCCAAUGGAACUUAAUAAAAUUUUUAUAGCUGGAAUACUCUUAAGAUGGUCCUUUGCUGUGGCAAUGGCACAAAGAGCUAAGAUGAAACAGUAUUGGGAAGAUUGGUGUAUCGACGAUAAAGCAAUGCCAAAAAAUAAUUUGAUGUUGUUUGUUGCACCUAGAAUAGAUGCAAGUUCCAAUGUUAUCGAUGACUUGAUUUUCACUAAAGAUAUCUCCAAUGGCCAGGCCUUCUACACCCAUACCACGCACACCAUACAUUCAAUGCCAGAGACGGUAGCUCAUAGAAUAUUACGUAGCAGUAAGCAGCUUGAAAAUCAGCACAUUAAGUGGCCAUUACUGUCUUUAAAGACAGAACUCGGUGAGGAUACUAAGUUACCGUUAUUGCCAGAACAUCCUCAUACACCUCAACCGCCCAUAAUACGACUCUUUCAGCGUACUACGUUACCUGCUUUUGUCUGUGAUAAUAAUCCUAAGAUACAAGCUAGUCCAAGAAAAUUAUAUGUAAGUAAAAGCCGCGCAGCAUGCGCGUGGCGACGACAUGAAGAAUGUGGUGGUUUGAUGGGUCAGCGUAUGGUGUGGCUUGGCUGCGAGCGUGCCCUACAAUAUCCUCCGCAUAGUACAUCCAUGGGUUCACGCAUUGCAGUUCCAUGUACCUUCUCCUACAGUCCUCCGGGUGGUUUGCAGGCUUGCUCACCGAUCAACGGAUGGUCAAAUAUCAUCAUACCUGAUAAACAGACUUUGGUCACCGAUGCUGGAAAAUUGUCGGUUUUGGAUAGCCUUUUACGCCGACUAAAAGAACAGGGUCAUCGUGUUCUCAUCUACUCCCAGAUGACAAAGAUGAUCGAUCUUCUAGAGGAGUACAUGUACUUCAGAAAACAUACCUUUAUGCGACUAGAUGGAUCAUCGAAAAUAUCUGAUCGUAGGGACAUGGUAGCUGAUUUCCAAAAAAGAGCUGAUAUAUUCGUCUUCUUACUCAGCACUCGAGCUGGUGGUCUUGGAAUCAAUCUCACCGCUGCAGAUACGGUGAUUUUUUACGACAGCGAUUGGAAUCCAACAGUGGAUCAACAAGCCAUGGACAGAGCUCACAGACUCGGUCAGACCAAACAAGUCACAGUUUAUAGACUUAUAUGCAAAGGAACCAUCGAGGAAAGAAUUUUACAACGAGCACGCGAAAAAAGCGAGAUCCAACGCAUGGUAAUCAGCGGUGGUAAUUUCAAACCGGACACGCUGAAGCCGAAGGAAGUGGUGUCUCUUCUGCUGGACGACGAGGAAAUCGAAGCCAAAUAUAGCCAACGAAGCGAAGAGCGUAAGCAGCACAUGGAAGAGAUACGGCACACUGAGUCCAGCCACAAGGAGAGGGACCGGAAAAGGAAGCUAGCUUCACUUCCGGUCAAGAAUGACUCGAAGAGACCAUGUUUAGAGGAUGGUAUAGCGUCUGAAGAAAUUACUGACAUUUUCGACGAUAGUGCGCCAGCGAGUCCUGCCAGAUCUGAAGUAUCCCAGAGUAGCGCUUACCUCCCUCAGGACGACACGAGCAACGAAGGACUCGUCGUUGACGUAGAUGGUCCUGUGGCUACCCCAGUUCACCAUCCUCCGAGUCACUCGAAUCUAUCCGUACCACACCUGACACCAGGCCCUGCGGAUCCUCCCAAAGUAUCGAGGCUCACGCAUCAUUUUACCUUUGCUGGAGCGAGCGGAGCUAGAAUACGUCCUGGUGGACGCGGGACCAACAAACGAGGUCGCCCCAGAGGUUCCAGAAGGGGUGGACCCGUUGGGGGAAAAGGAAGGGGCCUUUUACUUCUCCAACCCCCAGCACAGUCGGCAACACCCCAGGGGGAUGGGACUGCCACGACGUCUGUCCACUCGCCACAUGGUAAUUCAGUUACCGUGCCCGCGGACGGAGAUGGGCCUAGUUCCGUUGGUCCUUUGGGGCCGGUGGCCCCUUUGAUGACUCGUGGAGGCGCUGCGACGGUUCGUCGGGGUCCAGGGAGGCCUCGUCUAAGACCAACAGGUCCUGGAAAUCAAGGAUAUCGGGGGCACGGCAGUCACCACCAUGGAAAAAGGGCCCAAAGACCCCUCCCGGUUCCUCUACGGUCGCAUCAACUCCCCACCAUAUCCCCUCGCGCGUCUUCGGCGCCCUCCUCGUCGCAAACGUCGACCUCCUCGGAGUCGAGACCCUUUGGAUUUUACACGCAACAUCAGCAGACCCCACCCCGUGGUUCUUAGGCACAGAAUUUCAUUCUCCGUAAGAUACUUUGACUUCUCUAAUAGGACCCUCGCGCGGUGGCUAACAUGCCGUUGAGUGAUUGAGUUUGAGUGAUUGAGACGUCGACUGCGAGUGAACGAAGAAAAAAAAAAAAAAAAUUAGAAAAAAAAAGAGAGAGCGAAAAAAAGUAUCUAUGCAGCGUGUAAAAGAAGGGCGAACCUUAUAACGGUAAUGAGAAGAAAUUUUAUCGGGUUACAGGUGCGUCAAAGAAAUAUUUCAAGGUUUUUUAAGAUGUUUCUAAAGAAUUCCCCCCGAUUCGUUACGAAGCCAUCGUUUAGACCGUUCAGCGGAACGAAACGAACAAGAAAAAAUAAAACGAUAAGCUUGAAAUACGCGGGUGCAACUAUCUGAUAAAUAUGAAUCGUCGUUUCAGUGAACUUCCGACCUUAUAGAAAAAAGGCCCACGCAAUGGUCACAAUUGUGUUCCGAGACAACUCUGGUUGUUCUCAUAUCUUUUUCCUGUUGUUUGUUGUUAGCGUCACAUUGGAUCGAUUUCAGUUUUGGCUCACUCCUAAUAUUUCGUAAACUCAAUCGGUAAAUGAAGCGAUUGGAGUAACGCGUUAAAGUUCAUAUGCAUACCGAUGUAUCCCAAUAUAUUCAAACUAGCGCGUGUAUUUUAUCCCUGUCGUUAUAGGGAUAAUAUAUUCGAGUAAUUUACAAUUGUGGUUCGUGCGGGCCGUGACCUAACGAAGUUUCUGCUACUGCCCUGUAAUAGUUUGCCAUGAUUGACCGUUACUUUCUUCUUCAUUUCUCUAUACUUGACCAUUCGAUCAUCGGGAGCUGCAAUUUUUCCUCGGUCUCAUUCCCCGCUCGGGGAUACACAGGCGAACGACAGGUGAAAUAGUUGGAUGAAUGUACCGUGAAAUGAAUUUUAUUCGAGCAAUAUUUAUAUACAUUAUUAGGUUCGACGAAAUACAUGUACAUUUCUUUUCAUUUUUAUUUGUGUCAAUCUACGUUGGGAUGUGACUGUGGCAAUUCUAUUUGUAAAAGAAUGGUAGGUAUUUAUUAUAAUGAUAAAAAAAAAAAAUUAAGCAAAUAAAGAAGCGAGAUGAAUAAAAUAUACUGCGAGCGCAGUCUGAUGAAUGAGUAAAGAAAAA